AUGGCAACUAACGACGACAAAAAAGAAACUUACGAUCAGGCAUACACACGACAGGAGACAUAUUUUGCUGAACAUUACGGCUGUUCGACUUCACCUUCUUUUUACUUCAUUUAUUUCAACGAUGGAGGCGCGCAUUGGUCGGAAAUGCCGUGGGGGUGGUAUUUGAGUUAUCUGAAUUUAGAAAAAGGUGAUCCAAAACAAUGUGGUCAAUUUCUUAUGGGCGGUAUUGCUAUCUGUAUGAAGUGUUAUAAAGAAAAAGCAGAUGAGAUCAUCAAGAAAUGUCGCGAAUUCAAUGCGGAAAUGAGGGAAAAUCAUCACGAAAAACUUGAAGAGAUCAAGCAAAAUGGAUUAAAAAUUGGAAUUAUCACAUAUAGAUAA